GGGGCGAGUGCCGCCCUAUCCCCGGGCCGCGGAAGGGGCUCCAGAUAAGGGCGGGCCCUUUCCUGCUAACUGCCCCGCGCGGGGGCAGAGGCUGUGCCUCUGCUCGUCCUCGCUUCCCGCCCCGGGACUCGCUGCCAGUCCGGGUGCCGGCGUGAAGGCCAGGGCUGCGGGCCUGGGGGACCCCGGCGUCCGGGAGGUGGGUGGAUGUGGCCUGCGCUCUCUGCCCGCGCUCCUGGGCCUCGCGAAGCAGGCUCGGGAAGUGCCGCCGCCCUCCAGGCGCUCAGGUGAGUGCCCUGCGGAUGCUGGAGGCCGCGACCCGGGCACCGGGCCCUGCGCCCUCUGCUCCAGGUGCCCGGCGCACGAGAUCCCCGCUCCGGCCUCUCCUGUUCCGCUCGCUGGGUCACUUCCUGUCACCUUAAUGGUGUGCUGUGCCCCUCACAGACAGGUGCACCUGAGAAAGGGGUUGGCGGCCUGCCCAGUUCCCCCCGAGGCUCGGAGCCUGCGCCACUGCUGGCUUGGAAACCAGUAAUCUCCACCUCAGCGCCCAGCAUUCUCAUCCCUCCAACCUAGGAUUUAGGCUCCCAGCUGCCUUCUGCCUCACACCCAGGAGUCUGCACUUUUACUCUCCCCAGGCACGAGUGACCCCUAAGUCUCAUUUCCUCUUUGGCAGCCGAAUGGGCCCCCAGCCCCCACCAGCUCUGCCUAGGCUUCCUCUUCAUCUGCGUCCUCUCAGGGACAUCUUUCUUUCUCUACCUCUAUGACAUGUUCCAAAAUGGCCUUGGCCUAUCUGUCCUGUGUCCGGACCACCACCUGCAGGCAUCCCCAGUGGCCCUCUUAUGCUUGCCGGGCACACCGCUGGGCUCCAACGCCUCUUCCUGUCCCCAGCACCCUGCCUCUCUCUUGGGAAUCUGGACAAUCCACCCAGACAGCCGCUUUGGUAGCCAGACGGGACACCAUACUCAGUGGCAGGAGCUGCAGCUGCACAUCUGGAUGUCCGAGGAGUAUUCCCGCUUGAAGGACCCCUUUGUGAAGCUCUCUGGCUUCCCCUGCUCUUGGACUUUCUUCCACCAUCUCCGGGAACAGAUCCGAAGUGAGUUCACCCUUCACAACCACCUUCAGGAGGAGGCCCAGGGAUUCCUGAGGGCGCUCCGCCUGGUAUGUGGGGUCCCGCCACGCACUUUUGUGGGGGUCCACAUUCGCUGUGGGGACUAUGUGCAGGUGAUGCCCCAGCACUGCAAGGGUGUGACAGGUGACCGAGCUUACCUCCAGCAGGCCAUGGACUGGUUCCGGGCCCGGCAUGAGGACUCCAUCUUUGUGGUCACCAGCAAUGGCAUGAAGUGGUGCAGGGAAAAUAUUGAUACCUCCAGAGGCGAUGUGGUCUUUGCGGGUGAUGGGCAGGAAGGCACUGGCGAAGGAUUCGCCCUGCUCACUCAGUGCAACCACACCAUCAUUACCAUUGGCACCUUUGGCUUCUGGGCUGCUUACCUGGCUGGUGGUGACAUCAUCUACCUGGCCAACUUCACCCUGCCGGACUCUGACUUCCUGAAUCUCUUCAAGCCUGAAGCUGCCUUCCCGCCGGAGUGGGUGGGCAUCAUUGCUGACCUGUCUCCACUCCAGGCACCCAACAUGUGGAUUGGGCCUUGGAAGGAACUAGGGAGACUUUACAUAUAGAUCGGAUCAAUCUAAAGCCACUCUCUGCAGGCCUGGUGGCUUCUGGAUAAACCAAGGGAGUGGUCCUGGAGCAGGAGGGCACCCAUUUCAGCAUGAUUCUAGCUGGCCAGACUUGGAAAGAAGGAGGGGCUUCCUGGAACUGCUGAACAUUCUAGAACCAGCAGAACUUCUUUUUCUGAUGGCUGGCAAUGCCUGGAGAAGCUCAUGGCAGUUCUAGAAGCUGUAGUGCUCACCUGCUCUGCUCUUUCCUGCCCAUAUCCAUAGGACUUCUGAAUGGCUGCUUCCCUUCUAGAGUUGACCAUCUUUAUCUUUUGUGGAUAAGGUGUUACUUUCCCCCUGGGUCUUCAGAAGACUGGAGGAAUUCGUGGGUCAUCUAGAGCCAGCAUGCACCAACUCCAUUUCUGAGUGACUCUAGAGGGGGAGUUGUUCUAGAGAGGGCCAGGUCUAAAGCCUGAAAAGAACCCUAUAGUCCCUUCCAGAGGAGACAGGCCCCAGAGUUCUAGAUCACUCUAGAGAAGGAUCUACAAAGCCACAACUGGAAGCUCCGCACCCCACCACUGCCAGAGAGAUGGGGACAGGGCAGCCUCUUGGCCCGUUUAGAGGUUCUGGAAAAGCUGGGGCAGUUGGGAGCAGAGUUGAACUCUGACCAACCCUCAGCCCAGGAAAAAGCCUCAGAAUUGUGUUUUGAGCAGACAGACUAAAUCACAGGUGAGAGGAGAGAUACAGUUGAAAUGCUGCAAAAAAAAAAAAAAAGAAAAGAAAAAGAAAAAGAAAGAAAUGCUGCGGCUUUAAAGCACAACCUUCCAGAGAUCUAGGGACACUUUAUUUAUUUAUUUUUAAAGCUCAAAACUGCCAAAGACAGAAAUGGCACACACUGGCUGUGGCGUAGGAUUGAAGAAGCUUCCUCCUCUGCAGCUGGACUACUGUGGAUCUGGGGUCUGUUUUCUGCAGGUCAGGAGCCUGCAGAAAGCUUGGGCCAUUGUGGUCCUUGCCAACUGUUAUGUACCCUUGAGCCCCCAGAACCACUAAAUCUGGCUUUGGACAGGUAUGGCAUGAAUGUAUUUAAGGGUGUACAGACCCCCCAGCCCAGCUCAAGCUCAGAUAGGAGCACAGGGCCUAAUCAAGGAGGAUGAGAUUUGGACUCAGAUUUCAGGAGCCCUUGCUGCUUUUUGGAUGGUGAGGGAAGAUACCCUAUAUACAGUGAAAUCUAAUCAUGCCUCAUUCCAAGAACCUCAAUAGCUAGUCUUCUCAGGGAAUUUCAGGAUACCAGUCCCCACUCCUCUGCCACAGAUAGGAGAGUGGGAGUAUGAAUUAAAAAACUACUUCGCCAA